AAACCAAUCUUUUAUUUGACUGAAUUGAACGCUGUUCCUCAUUGUAUCAAGUAAAUAUAUAAACAGUCGCAGAAACGCAUGAUUAUAUGACUAGCAGUCAGUUUAUCUCCGCCAUACCCACCUACGUUUUCUGUCCAUCAUGCUGCUACUCCUGGUCACUCUGUCCUGCCUUGCGGCCGUCAAAACGCAGGUCGAACCUUGUUGCAUGGAAACUCAAUGGUCAGCCACUAGGUACGACGUUCACGUUUACGAUGAUGGAACUGACGUAGCAGCGGACUUCUACUACGACUUCACCAAAAGAUCCACUGCCACCCAGUAUUAUCAGACUGGAUCACGCGUGAAGGCAAAUAGAGUUGUCACGUCGGACGUAAAGAAUGCACAAUACGACAUCUAUCCUGAUGGAAGAUGCAUAAAGAACAUACAGAAAGAGUUCGUCCUACCAAACUGCAUCCCGAAAAACAGCAUGCACCUUGGAACCAGCUAUGUCGGCGAAGAGGCAAGCUGGCUGAAAUCUGACACCUGGGUCUAUACUAGCGGCUCUGCCAACGUCACCGUGGGUGUCACCAACCCCGAAUGUAUCCUGAUAUUCCAGGGUAUCGUCAAAAAAUAUCAUGUUCGAUACAUGAUAGAAGUAUUAGAUAAACAGGUAUACUUUAACGGAUACGAGAAAGGCAUCACGGACCCAACUGUUUUCGACGUCCCCCUCUCCUGUCAGUAGCAAGACAGCUACAAUGAUGACUUUUCUUCAAUAAAUAUAUGUUUCAAAAUA